CUCGAACUGUUUUAUAUCAUUACUAAGUCCCCGUGAUUAGGGAUUUAUUUAUUCAGCCCCGAAAAUAAGUCCGCAAACAGAGCAUUGCGAAAGAUAAAGAAAUCCCUUAAAAAGGACCAACACCAUUUAGUUGGGUCUCGCAAAUAUGGCAGAAAUGCGUAAAAAGUCGCACACCGAGGAAUUCGAAGGAAUGCCAGCUCUGUUCAGGGCCAUGUCCUCCUCUCCAAACGAUGGAUACACCUACAAUUGGACCGUGGUCUCGUUUUCAACGGCUGGACAACCAGGUUCCGGCCCAAACUGCACCGUGUUGUAUCUGGAUCAGUGCACAUCCUGGAAUAAGUGUAGACAGACCUGCCUGAAAACCGGAGCCACCAGCUACAGGUGGUUUCAUGAUGGAUGUUGCGAGUGCGUGGGAGAACAGUGCAUAAAUUACGGCGUGAACGAAAGCAGAUGUCGUCUGUGUCCUGAACCGGGAAUUGAAGAUGAAGAGGAUUGAACCAUAUUAUCACAAAAAUAAAUAUUCUAAUGCCAGUUAGAAGCUUAAAACUGGGUGCGAUACCAAUGCUAGUUGUAAUUCUUAUUAAAUUUUAAGAUUUUCGGGAUUCACGAGUUGUUUUGGCUUAACAAAAAUAAAAUA